AUGUCUCUCGCAAGCCUACCCCCAGAACUACUGCAAAUGAUAGCGCGCUCUAUCACAGACGACCGACAGGGUAGAAUGCAACCAUCUCAAACACUGCAAAGUAUCUACGCACUGUCUCGCACUUGUCGCGCAACCUACCGCCAAUUAUGUUGGAAUUUAUAUCGCUACGAUGUCGACAAAGGGUAUAGUUUCGCGCUUGUCUGGGCUGCUGUGACGAAUAAACCUCAAACAGCGAGACUAUCUCUUGCCAGCGGAGGCAAUACUCUGGCUACAAAUCAACACGGUCAGUCUCCACUGUGGCUAGCGGCUCGCCGAGGACAUCGGGAAAUUGUGGAGAUUCUGCUUGACCACCGUGCUGAUAUCGAGAUCAGGAACCCGGUAGGCCUUACUCCCCUUAUGAUCGCUGCCCGAGAGGGACAGUGCGAAGCUACGAAGGUAUUGCUCGAUCGGGGCGCAAACUGCGAAGCUCAGACCCGAGACCACUCUACAGCCCUUCUUUGGGCAAUUCGGGCUGGCGCGGUAGAUACCGUGAAGAUACUCAUCGAACAUGGAGCCAAGUUUCCAGAGCCAAAGACUACGCCAUGGCGACGAUGGGCUCUGGCUGCAUACCGUGCCGGACCUGACAGGUGGGACGAUAUCCCCAAGAUUCAAGAACUGAUGGAAUCAAGCUACGAUGGAAAUCAGAACAAGCGUCUUGCAGAAAAGCCCCUUUUGAACGCUGUCCAGUACCAAUUCCUCGCAAUGUCUACCUUCUUCCUCGACCAGUGCAUCACCCCACUUGGAGACCUAGGUUCAUUUUUUGGUUUCUGCCCAGCCAACGAAGCCGUUUACGACAGGACCAGGCAGGGAACCGAGCGGUUGUAUUUCAUACGUGACAGGACCAGAGAGCAAUGGCAUUACUUCGGUCGACCAAAUGAACACCCGAUGUGGUGGGCUGUAUAUCACGGCGAAGAGGAACUUGUGGAGAAGCUGCUAAGGCGCGGAGCAGGAAUCAAUUCUCUUACCCACUGGGGCACACUGAAAGCACCAAGGAAUCUGAUCUCACUUGCUCUAGUCCGAGGAUACUACGGGAUUGCCGAACUGCUGCUGGACUACGGGGCGGAUCCAAACUACAAGUUCCAGGAUCGUCCCCUGCUCAGUCGAGCGCUCCGAGUUGGGAGUGAACGGUUGGUGAUGAAGAUUUUGCUGCGCUUGAAGAGCCUUGGUACUCUCAAUAUCACUAACGACGGAGAUGCACUAGCCAUAGCGAUUGGAAAACAGAACGCGAUGCUGGUGAAAAUGCUACUCGAAUUUGGCGCAGAUCCAAAUGCCAAGGUUUUCUAUCAUAGAGGCACGGAAAGUGGCCGCAGGUCCAAGAAUCCGCUGUCCUUGGCCAUUGAACUUGGGAAUCAGGACGUGGUGGACAUGUUACUUGAAUAUGGGGCUUUCUAG